AAUGGCAGAGAUGGUAAAAAACGAAUCCGAUGUUAAGGACGUUGAGACAACCUCUACUGUAGAGGAAACAUGUUUUGUUGAUAUACAAAAAGAUGAAAUAAAGCUGGUAAAUACAGUAGUUCAAGAAGAAAACCCGGAGUAUGAAUUGGAUCCUCUUCAAUCUGAACCAAAGAGAAUCAGGAAAAGUCAACACAGGUAUUCAUGUUCUCAAUGUGAAUAUUUUGCAUCAACAGCAAAUAAUCUGAAGAUCCAUGAAGAAAGUAAACACAAAGAAGUUAGAUAUCCUUGCUCUGAAUGUGAGUAUCUCGGAACUACAGCAGGUGCUCUGAAAUUUCAUGUUGAAAGUAAACAUGAAGGAGUGAGAUAUCCAUGUUUGCAAUGUGAAUAUGCUGCAACGACAGCAAGUUAUCUGAAGAAACAUGUUGAAAGUAUACAUGAAGGAGUGAGGUAUCCAUGUUUGCAAUGCGAUUAUACCGCAGCUCAAGCAAGUCACCUGAAAAAACAUGUUAACAGUAUACAUAAAAGAGUAAGGUAUCUUUGUCCUAAAUGUGAGUAUAGUGCAACUCAACCAAGUAAUCUGAAGAUUCAUGUUGAAAUGAUACAUGAUGGAGUGAGAUAUCCUUGUUUGCAAUGUGAGUAUGCGGCAACUACAUCAAGAAAUCUGAAGAACCAUGUUGAAAGUAAACAUGAAGGGUUAAGAUAUCCUUGUUCCCAAUGUAUGUAUGCGGCAACUACAGAAAGGAGUCUGAAGAUCCAUGUAGAAAGUAAGCAUGAAGGAGUGAGAUAUGAAUGUUCUCAAUGUGAAUAUUCGGCAAUUACAGCUGGUUAUCUUAAGAAACAUGUUGAAAAUAAACAUGAAGGAGUGAGAUAUCCAUGUUCUCAAUGCGACUAUGCCGCAACUCGAGCAACUCAUCUGAAAAUUCAUGUUGAAAGAAAACAUGGAGUACGAUAUCCUUGUUCUCAACGCGACUUUGCCGCAACUCAAGCAAGUCAUCUAAAGAAACAUGUUCAAAGUAAACAUGAAGGAGUAAGUUAUCCUUGUCUUCAAUGCAACUAUGCCGCAACUCGAGAAAGUUAUCUGAAGAAACAUGUUGAAAUUAAUCAUGAAGGAGUGAGAUAUUGUUGUUCUGAAUGCGAGUAUGUUGCAACUAGAGCAGGCAAUGUAAAGAAACAUUUUGAAAGUAAACAUGAAGGAGUGAGAUAUCCUUGUUCUAAAUGUAAGUUUGUUACCACCAGUACAGACAAUUUAAAGUAUCAUUGUAAAAUUAAACAUGAAGGAGUGAGAUAUCCUUGCUCACAAUGUGAUUAUGCUGCAACCACUGCUGGUACUCUAAAGAAACAUGUUGAAAGUAAACAUGAAGGAGUGAGAUAUCCUUGUUCACUAUGUGAGCAUGCUGCAACCACAGCAGGUGCGCUGAAGAUUCAUGUUAAAAGUAAACAUGAAGGAGUAAGAUAUCCUUGUUUACAAUGUGAGCAUGCUGCAACUACGGCAGGUGCUCUGAAGAUACAUGUUAAGAAUAUACAUACACAUAGUAGUGAGAUAUCCUUGUUCUAAGUGUUAUUAUAUUUCAACUCUAGCAGGUGCUCUUAAGAUUCAUGUUAAAAGUACACACGUUAAGAAUGAGAUAUUAGUAAUCUCAAUGCGACUUUGCCGCAACUCAAGAAUGUUGAAAGUAAACAUGAAAAAAUUAGGUAUCCUUGCCCUAAAUGGGAGUAUAUCGCAACCCAAGCUUGUGAUCUUAAGAUUCAUACUAAGAGGAGUUAUAAAUGUGAUUUUGCUACAACUGCAGUAAGUAUCAAGAAGAAUCAUGUUGAAAUAAAAUAUCCAUGAUUUAAAUGUAAGUGAUUUAAAGAGACAUGUUGAAAGAAAUACAAAGGAGUGAGAUAGCCUUGUUCUCAUUUUGAGCACACCGAAACUACAGCAUGCGCUCUGAAGAUUCAUGUUGAAAGUAAACAUGAAGGAGUGAGAUAUCAUUGCCUUCAAUGUGAGUAUUCCGCAACUCAAGCAAGUGUUCUGGUGAGACAUGUUGAAAGUAAACACGAAUGAGUGAGAUAUCCUCGCACUGAAUGUGAGUAGCUUCAAGUUCAGCAGGACAUUUGAAGAUUCAUGUUGAAAAUAAACUGAAAUGUGUGAGCUAGACAUGUUCUCAAUGUGAGAAGCUGCAAUUUCAGCAGGUGAUCAGAAGAGACAUGUUAAAAAUAAACAGAAAUGUGUAAGAUUGACAUGUUCUCUAUGUGAGUAUGUUGCAAUUUCAGCAGGUGAUCAGAAGAGACAUGUUAAAAAUAAACAGAAAUGUGUAAGAUUGACAUGUUCUCUAUGUGAGUAUGUUGCUAUUUUAGCCUUGAGACAGGAUUAGAAUAAUUAUUAUUUGCAUGAGCUGCUUUGAAGUUCAAAGUUAGUUUGAUUUUAAAAAAAUUGUAAUGCCCAUUUUUUUGUCUUAGUUUUGUAAGAAUAAUUUAAUUUUGAAAAGUCCUCAUCAGUCAAAUUCGAUAACUUACUCGUUCCAUCAGCCACUCGCUCUAAAUACUGAUAUGUAAGGCUCAAGGGGAGGGAGCCUCAUUUACUGUAAUCCUGAAUUUUAAAUGAUAUCUUUAAUUUCAAUAUAUUACAGAUGUUUAUGUUACAAAAAUCACAUUUUAGAAUGAUGGUUGAUCUUUUAUUGAUUUAUUUAUUUAAAAUGUUAUAUAUUACACCCAUUUAGUUCUCUUAUCUUCAAUCUGACAAAUUAAGUGUUCCAAAGAAAUUCAAUUUUAUGUAAAAAAUAUAAAUUAUAUUAAUGUAAAUUAGAUGAUGACAUAGACAAGGUAUUAUGGUCAGGACAAGGUAUUAUAGCUAAACGAAAUAAUGAUAAUAAUAAAUCCUAAUUAAUUUAUCGGUUUUAGUGAAAAAAGGAUUAAUAUUUUUUUGAAAUAUGAUUUUCUAAUAUGAAAAAAAAACAAGAUGGGAAUGAGUAAUAUAGCAAGUAAGCCGAGUACAUAGUUUGAGUUUUGGCGAAUUUUCUUUUACCUUUUUCCUGUAUUUCAAAACUAGUUUCUUAGCAGUACUUUUUUAACUUCAAAGGGGGAAGUUCUGAAACUUUUGUAAAAAGUAAUUUAUUUUUUUUUGGAAAAAAUA